GUGUUCUCGGCGCUGUAAACACAACACGCGUGUUUUUAUCAGGGUUCGGCGAAGGAUAUUUUCGCACGAGAAAUAUUAUUAUACGUAUGCAGGACAGGUACCUAUAUACAUCACACGCAUUACGUGCAAAGUGAUAACAUACUAUGCACCAAUAGAAGCGUACUUCUUUCGAAAGGGGCAUGUCGUGUUUCGUGUUCGGAAGACCGGAUGCUCCGGGUGCCUGAAUCUCUCGGUGGCAUUAUGGCAAAAUGGUAACGACCAGAAUAGCAUCAACGAACAAACGAUCGUCUGCUGCAAUGCUCUGUUGCGCCCGAAAGAAGGGCCGUGAUCGAGCUCAAGAUUUGGCCUCAACGUCUAGACAUGGCCAACAGCCAUUGCCGGCUGGGACAAAAACUAAAGAUGCACUGCCAGUAGUCUUGCAGAGUGAUUUCCGAAAAUUAAGUGGGAUUAGUAAAGAAGAUUUUCGAUUAAUCGAUACCAUAGAAAAUGAGUAUGAUGCAACUACAGCAGCCGCACUUGAUGCAGUACAACGUAGAGGUGAAAUGGUUGUCCGAAUACUGGACCCGAGAAUUCACCUCACUAAAACUGCUACAGAUGCGGCAAAAAAAUUUCUAAUGCUCCAAGAUUCUAAUCAUAUAGUUAAUCUUGUUGAGAUAAUAAAGAGACCUGGACAGACUUUAGGAUUAUACAUUCGAGAAGGUAACGGCAUAAAUCGUCACGAUGGUCUAUUCAUUUCUAGAUUAGCUCUCGAGUCAGCAGUAUAUAACAGCGGAUGUAUACAGGUUGGUGAUGAAGUAUUAGCUGUAAACCUAGUAGACGUUACUAGAAAAGCCGUAGACGAGGUUGUGAUCAUUAUGUCGAUACCUAGACGACUGGUAUUGGCUUUAAGACAAACAAGAGGUAUGCAUCGAGCUUCAGUCAAUGUUUCAUUGGCUUCUGCCAUGCCUAGUCAUCAACCUCCAGUUGUUGUGAUUAAAAAGGAUCUUAGUAGAGAAUCUGAUGAUCAACAUGACGACGACGACGAUGAUUUACACAUGAAAUCAUACAUGACUACAGGAAGAGUAAAUCAAAGAAAUAAAGAAAACAUGCACGAACAACGACGAAGAGAAUCUAGAGGAAGAUCACAAUCCCAACUUGCCUUGGAUUCAAAUGGUGAUAUUUCCGGUGACCUCUAUUACAAUUCACGGCCUCCGGAAUCAAGAAGACAAGUAUCUACGUUGGAUCGUCGUAAUAAUUGGUCAUAUCAGCCUCCUCAUCCACCAGUUUCUAAUGAACAACCAAAAUCUCAGCAUUUUCAGCCAUUUGAUAAAGCAUAUCCUAAAACUUUAGAAUCAUUAGCUGAAAAGGUACAUCCAUUUUGUCCAGGCGGACAGUCUUCAACUGGCAGAAGAAUGUCAGCAACAACUACACAGCAACAAUAUCGCCGUAAUAAUAUUCCAAGAUCUGGUUCAGAUCAAUAUCUACCUAGAUCUGAAUAUGAUUAUGGAAACAGACCAUAUCGACAAUCGCAAACUUUAAUGAGAUCCGGACUUAGAAGUAGUGCUGGCGCUGGAUCCGGUACACGUUUAGUUUCACAAUACUCGCAAGGUUCAUCUAGAACAUUACCAAGACACCUAGAUUAUGCAUCAGAUACUGAAGCAACCAAAGUAACUUCUACAUCUCCGUAUUACUAUAGAGGUUCUUCACAAAUAUCAGGUGUUUCAAAUAUAUCGAGAUUGCAGGGAAGUUCCACAAUAUCUAGAAGUAAUUCUCUAAGGUCAAAUUCACUUCCAAGAGAUAUUCGCACUCCACGAACCCCUCUUUCAUCUCUCAAUACAAGCUUGAGAGGUAGCUUGAGGCGGUACAAUACACAAGACAAUCCUAAAAUAUCAUCUUCUCUGUUAAGUGAUCAUGAAGAUAGUGAUGGUAAUCUCAGUGCUCCCGAAUUUCAAAUGCGACGCAAAAAUCGAUUAGUAAGCUCUCCUAGUGUAUUUACAGCUGAUGAAUACAGAGCGUGGAUGAGUAGAGCACCGUCAACUAGUGCUAUUUAUGAUCGUAUACGAAACGUAUGCGACCCAUCAUUAAAACAACAAAAAGUACAAAGAUUUACAUUUAGUGCUGAAAACCUACCAGAAAGAACUAGGCAUUCGGAAUUGAUGAGUUAUUCCGGAACUAAUGCAGAUUUAAGACCAUUUAGAGGUCUUGGGUCUCCAGCAUUACCUUCAGCGACUACAUCAACAUUAGACAGACAUACUAGAACGUCAUCACUAAGAAGAAUACGACAUCUUUUAGAACUCGAAGCUAAACAUUUAGGUCGACGCAGUCCAUCAUCCACUUCAGAUUUACAAGCUGACAGGGCUCGAGUAUUGGAAAUUAAUCCAGCUGAGUUCUUAAAAUACAAAUUUGAAAAAACAACAAUAGACAAUGCACCACCUAUCAGUGGUUUAUUAUGGGUGCAUCUACUAGCUGGCAGAGGUCUUAGAGCGACACCUACGACUGUAUUACCAGGCCAACCUACAAAUGUUAUGGCAGCCACUGGUAGUUCGAGAGACUUAUAUUGCGUCUUGGAGUGCGAUCGCGUGCACAAAGCCAGAACCGUAGUGCGUACUGGAGAUCUUGUUUUUGAUUGGGAUGAAACAUUCGAAUUGGAUCUUCUAUCAAAUAAAGAAUUAGACUUUUUAAUAUAUUCAUGGGACCAACAAUACAGACACAAAUUAUGCUACAAAGGAUCCGUACAUCUGGCAUCUUUAGUUAGAGAUAGUCCCGUACAUCAAUUAGCUUUAAAAAUUGAACCUCGGGGUACAUUAUAUUUACGGUUAAGGCACACCGAUCCUUACCAGACUUUUAUCAGAAAAACCUUAAGAACUUCAACCACACUACCACCAAGAACGAAAACUGCUGGACUGUUUGGUAUUGAUCUCGAGUCAGUAGUCACACGUGAGAGUGGUGCAAUUUCCAGUUCUUUAUCUUCAUUAGCACAAGCACCAGCCACAGCAUCCGUACCAGUUAUUGUUCGAAGGUGUAUUGAAGAAGUCGAACGUAGAGGCUUAGAUAUUAUUGGCCUUUAUCGACUUUGUGGAUCCGCUUCUAAGAAACGAAUUCUCCGAGAAGCAUUCGAACGCAACCCAAGAACUGUAGAUUUAUCACCGGAUAACGUUCCCGAUAUUAACGUAAUCACAGGUGUCUUAAAGGAUUAUUUGAGAGAACUUCCCGAACCACUCUUCACACGUUGUCUAUAUCAAAUGCUGCUUGAUGCGCUAACUGUAUUGUUGCCUGACGAUCCACAGGCCAACGCCAAAUUAAUGUUAUCGAUUUUAGAUUGUCUGCCAAAAUUGAACAGAGCUACGUUGACAUAUAUUAUGGAUCAUCUGGCACUUGUUGUGUCGCAAUCCCCUCGAAACAAGAUGUCGGCACAAAAUCUAUCUAUAUGUCUAGCUCCUGUAUUAAUGGUCCAAAGCGAGGUGAAAGAAAAACCGAUCGAUUUCCAACAACCUGUGAACGUGUUACGAUAUUUAUUAGAGAUUUGGCCGACUAAAUCAGUUCGGGAGUGUUUGCCGCCGUCGGUCGUCAACGGCGUUACUCGGCCCCCGCCGCUGCCCGCGAAGCCAUCCUGCGUGCCCGCUGUGCCAACAAGGCGCGUCCCGCCGCCCGUAAUUGUAGCGUCGCCGACCAGUGACACGGCCACGUCCGACGACGACGACGACGACGACAACCACGGCCACGACGGGACGGCCAUCGAACCGCCGCAGAUACCGGCCAGGUCUAACGCGCACCGGCUGACCAAGGUGGCGGCGCCGGAUCCCGAAGAGAACGCAGCCGAGACGCCCAGCUCGUCCACCGGGACGGAAGACUCGCAGCGCGACGUGGCCGAGCGCGCCGCCGAGGCGGACGAAGAGAGCUGUGGCGAAGAACAACUGGAACGGAGACCGCGAGGACUACAGAAUAACGCCAACACCGCCAUCAAGCACAACGCUAUUAAUAAUAGUAACAAUAGUAAUAAUAAUAACCGCCAAUAAUGUUGUGACAUGUAUUAUAAACAAAUUAGAGAAAAAUGUUUGCCAACUUUCUACCGAGAUGAUAACAAUUGUGUAACAUUUAGGCCGGGAGUUCCGUAGAAAGUAUAGAAACGAUCUGUACUGGACCGGCGAUAAUAAUAUUAUUAUCUUUUAUGAUAUACCAUGUCGUUGUUUUUGUUGAUGCUGUUGUCGCUGUUGUAGAAGAAACAAUAUAUAUCAUAUUAUAUAUAUAUAUCAUAUGUAUAAUAUUAUUAUUAUCACCUUGAAUUGAUUAUUGUAGGUAUUAAAAAAAAAAAUAACGAUAAUUUUAACUUGCUCGCGAUAGGCAGAGGUACUUAUACUAGUAAGGUCUGUGGUGUUAUACAUAAUAUAGCGAUAUAUUAUACAGUAAGUAGGUACCUAUACACUAUGUACGUACUAUGAAUGCCGAAAAUUGAUUGAAAAUUCCAUAAAUUUAAUAUACGAUGUAAAUACAAUAUUUUAACGGUAGGAAAUAAUAACCGUUAUUUAACAUAAUUUUAUACAUGUUUCAAUAAAAUUCCUAAAUAUUUGAACAAAGAAGAUAAAAACGACAAUAAAUAUGUUACACGAAAUAAUUUUGUUUAUACUUUGUUUAAUUAUAUAUAAUAAUAUUAUCAUUAUCAUGUAUAUACAUAACGACAAGCACGCAAACAUAAAAGUGUUACAUUAAUUACCUAAAAUAAUUUAAUUUAUUGAGGUUUAAAAAAACUGACAUUCAUUGUUUUUCGUGUUUAUAAUCAAAAACUUUCUACAAUAACUCAUUCCUCGUUACAAGAUAGAUAAAUUAAUAUAUUAGUUAAUACUUCAGAUAUUUUAUAGUCAUACGAGUAAUAUAAACAAUAGCUGAAUUUAUUAAUGAAUGGUAGAAAUUUGGCAAGCAAAAUUCCUCAUAAUUUAAAACUUACGCACAAAUAUAUAUAAACAAAUAUGUUUGAAAGAAAAUUAAGCACAAAACAAAAAAUUUAAAUACUGAUUUUGAUCACGUGUUAAUAAAUAUAAUUUAAAAAUGACUAUCAUUUUGUAUAAAUUAAAAAAUAAAAUAAAUUAUUUCGAGCACCCAUUAUAAACGAUUAACAUUAUAUAAACAUAAAAAGAUAGGCAUUUACACGUAGAUAUUGUAAAAAAAUAAUCCAUUUAAGACACAAUCCCAGAAGCACUUGAUUUCAGAACAAUUUGACGUUUUUAAUGUUUUGAUUUCAAACGAAAUGUAAUAAAAUAAUUGUUUGUAAAUAAAAAAUGGUUGUUCCUACUGCUUCAAUGUAAAAGUUAAAUCAAUAAAAAAAUGGUACAUAGACCUAUCCACGAUAAUGAAAUAAAAAAUAAUUUUCGAGCAUAAAAUUAUGUUUUCUGUUAAAAGCAUUUUUCGACAUAUUAUUAUAUGUAUUUAGAUUUUUAUUUCUUAAAACAAUUUCAAUGGUUUUUAAAUAUGAAAAACUGUUUGAAUAAUCUAAUAACUCAACAAAUUUAUUAUUUUAAUUAUUUCUUACAUACCUACUUAUAUUUUAUUUAUAAAUAAACAAUAUUAUGUACUUGUAUCAUAUAUUUGUACCAAAUAAAUGUUGAAUGUUAAUCGGUAA